GCAACACUUGCUACCACACCGCACUUCACCUCCAAGACACCGAUUUCGCUGAACACACUCGGCUGUACGAGAGAAUGGAAGCGGACGUGACGUCACGAGAGCCACUCAUUUCCCGUCCUCGAACGUCGAUAAAAAACGCACCUAGAAAAAAGCGCUUCUCUGUCGCUAUAGAUGCUCUCUGCACGGUUCCUUUCUCUACAGUGCACGCGCCGUUCAUUCGUCUGCUCGCAGAAAUGUCGUCUGCUUCUUAAAAUGCUUCGACGGCUUCGCUAUGUACAAUGUUGAAUUUGUGGCUCUGACUGGAUUUCGCUCCCGGUAACAAGCCGGUGUUACCUUUGUUCUUCGAAGCCGCGUUUGUUACUUUUAAUCCAAAGGGAAGACAAAGGAAUACUGCUGCAUUUGAAGACUGGUAUGUGCUUUCUGCUUCGUUUGCAAGUGUGAAGUGUGCAAAGCUCUGAUCGUAAACUCGGGAAAGACGUCGAAGACACGGAGACUACAAAACCGGAAGAAUUAACUUUUCGACGACAUCCAGGAGCAUUCAGAGCAUGUUUCAAUGUUGUUUGUAUAUGAAGUGAGACAUGUUGGCUGUGUCGAUAACGAACUAUGUCGAGGGCGGCUCAGACGAAGAUUUGCAAAAGUUGUGUUCUGCUAACAAUACGCCGAAACACAAGAACAAAGAGCAGACGCCUUCUGCACACCAGUGGAAGCGCCCCAGUUGGAGGAGGUGUUGCAGACGGGAAAAAGAUCGUCCUAUCGUAGAGGAAUUUGGCUUGUGUGAACUGCCUCUCCUUGACCAAGGUGACAUCCCGGGACAGAGCGACGGUGCUGCAUCGGGCGGUAAAGAGGAGAAAAAAUGUUGCAACGAGAACAGCCGCAAAGUCUCCCUAGGAUUUCUGAUGACGCUGCUCAUCGCCGCGUCGUGGGUUGGAGCGGCACAUUUGCUCAAGGCCAGCUUCAUUCCUGCCAGUCAUCCAGGGCAGAAGAUCCCUGCUGGGACAGCGAGGAACGUCUCCGCGGUGUACUACAAUGCCCCGUUCUUCACAACCUGGGUGUGUGCCACGUUCAACGGUUUCUUCUUUCCAAUCUUCCUCAUGGGCCGUCUCUGUGCCAGAGGAGAAAAGACAACAGCCAAGACAUUGCUCAUAGAGACACUGCAGCAGUUGCAAGAGAAGCGGUUCACUUUCUCCCAGUUCUUCUCGCGUUGUGGCCUCUUUUGCCUUCUGUGGGUGGUGACCAACUAUGCCCUGGUCCAUUCCCUGCGCAUAUUGGACACCACUGACGUGCUAGCAUUGUACGCCUCCAGCGUCUCCUUCGUCUACCUCCUGUCCUGGGUCAUCCUGCACGAGCAGUUCGUUGGCAUACGGAUCGUGGCUGUGAUUCUGUGCAAUACGGGAAUUGCUCUGCUGGCCUACAUGGACGGCGUUACGAGGACCAUCACGCUAGGAGGCGUCGUGUUAGCAGCCGCGGCUGCAGCAGGCUCGGGUGUCUACAAGGUGACGUUCAAGAAGCUGAUCGGUGAUGUGUCAUUCGGACAGCUGUCGCUGUUCUUCACCCUCAUCGGUUUCCUCAACUUGCUCCUCAUGUGGCCAAUUUUCCUCGCCCUGUACCUGCUCAGGGUGGAGGUCAUCGUUUGGAAUGAAGCUCCCUGGGCCGUGCUAGGAGGAGCUGGCCUUCUCUCACUGCUUUCGAACCUGCUAGGAAAUUUCGGGAUCGUCUGGACCUUCGAGAUAUUCCUAACUUUGGGCCUUGCCUUCGCCGUGCCAAUAUCUGCGAUCGUCGACGUCUACAUCUAUGGUGUAUUGUUCGAAGGCAUGAAGCUAGCCGGAAUCCUCCUCAUCCUCAUCGGCUUCAUGCUAGUCCUGCUUCCGGAAGACUGGCCAGACUACCUGACCCUCUUGUUACGCUAUCGUCGAACGAACCGGCGGAAGAAGGCGGUCAAGAAACCGCAGGACAGCACCACGGGAGGUCACCGAUCCAGACUUCGGACGCCGUCGGGUCGGAUCAAGUAGCGUUCAGAUGGGUUUGAACUCGGAGACCUUCUCAGGGUUCAAAUCCAAAAUCGCCGCCAUGACGAACAGUCGCAUUUCAAUCUGGACAUGGCAUCUUCGCCGUACGGACGGCCCAGAACUCCUGACCAGGAGAUGCACGAGUACAUCUUCUGAGAGACUCGCGUCGGAGCGACAGAGUUUGCUCGUGACCAGUUCACUCUUGUGGAACCUCCUGGUACUUUGUGGUACUUGUGAAAAGAACUGUUCCGGAAAGCAUGGACCUUCAUAGUGAAGUGGUCCGUGAAUAGGGUGCUCAUGUGUACAGGGUGACGCACGUGAUGUCCCAUCAUCUCCGGGAGGCACCUGUACUAUAUGUGACAACAAACACUUUCAUUGCUUCACCGACUAGGCUUGCCGUGGUGUGAUUCGCCCUGCCCGCAUGGUGCACGACCAAAUACAAGAAAGGAGCUGGUUGCUAUACAACGGUAUGACCUUGAAUGACAUUGCCAGCCGGUGACCAGGCACCAGGGUACCAGACGUGAUUGAGCGUUUGAAAGCUUCAUCGAAUACAACGAAAGAAAACUCCACGGUUGUCGGUGGUUUUAGACUCUCGUGUGCAGAAGUUUGGACCAGUGCGUUUACAGAGCAGCAUCUUCGUGCCAAUUUAGAUACGACUAAAUUAAACGGAACUACUACGAUAUCUUCAAAUGCAAUACACGUGUACGUGGAUUUGUGACCACAGGUUACACAACAAGUGCAACAAAUGUUAUAAUGAAUUGGUGGUUUUAAAGGGACAGUCUGGAGCCUUCGACCGAUUCUGAGAUUUCAUUAGAGCUGAACACGACUCUGUGUUAUCUGUAGAUGAUGAAAUGCAAAAUUUCAUCAGCCAGAGCUCCGUGGUUCUUAAGAUAAACGAGGAAAAUGAAGAGUGUGUUUAUAUCCGAUCUCGGUUUUUCGGAGACGUAAGCACGAACUACUGCAACCUGGAUGACGUCAGAAGGGUCUGCCACAGAGAUAAAAGUCCUUGAGGGCUGUUUUGAAAUGCUAUAAAACGUAACCAAUUUUGUCUACAAAAGGCGACUUGAUUGCUCGGCAGAACAAAAAUCGGAAGCGCUAACGAUAGUGACGUCACGGCCAUCGAAAGCGCGCUCUAUAACAAUUAUAAAUAAUUGGCUACAAAUUUAAUCCAAAUACUUUGUAUGCGCAUCGCAAGAAAGCACGUGGCACUGUUGUUUUAGCUUUGCAUUUGGUUCGGACUGUCGCUGUAAAACAGAAACCAGGACAGAUAUUAGGGGAAAAUUCUGCCUUAUGAUGUACGUAAAGUAGUAAAAUGGAACAUGUUGUCGAACCUGCCUUCAGGACACAUUCCAGAGACCUUCUACUAUCUACAAAGUACUCUUUGCCCAUAACUACAUAAGUACAUGCCCCAAAAGUGACGACGAAAACUCCGUUAGUAAGCUAUUUCGUGCGGCAAUCCCCGAAGCAUGCCAACAUUUCAUGGAUACGAUACCGUUCAUAAACCACGCACUGUACAAAAGUCUCGAUACGUAACGUUAUUAUCAUCUCUUCCAAUAACACCAUUUGUUGUUGAGAGAAGCAAGAGUGUUUUCAUUCACGAGAGCGCGUGAUAUUUGCACACCAUGUUUCACGACGAGUUUCACACAAAGCUCUAUAGUGCACGACGAAGCGACCCUGUUGUUAGUGUUGGAAACAGUUGUUGCGCACGGCACUUACGUUGAUGUUGGUCAUGGAGAUAUACUAUGUGGAAUGCGUUGAAUAAGAAAUGUUGAACAGAC